AUGGCGCGCUACAUCGUCCCAUCUGUGGCUAUAUCAGCGAUUUACUCUGCUUAUCGCUCCUAUUUCUCUCCAACAUCACCAAGCGCAUUCGGUAUACGAACAGUGGAAGACGCUAUCAAUGCACUGAAUAUCAACGAAAACACCCUGGAAGCCUUACGUUUCCUCCAACAUACACCAGAAACAUCUUAUUUGAACUCGCUAAGUCCAACUGCCUUAGGAGUGCUAGCUCUUCGAGGUUCAGAGCUCAGUAAGUAUGUUCCUGUCACAAAAUGCGAAAUGGAUCCGGACGAUUUGUCAUUUUCAAAACUGUUAACGAAGUUCAACUUAGGUGACGAGUGGAAUUCUGCUAUAGCGUGGCUAAACAGGGUGGCGUGUCCGGAGGAAGACCUUGCAUGUCCUGAGGAAUGGUUAACGAGGCGACCGAGUCAAGUAGCGCGAUUGCUCCAGUUGCUACGUAUCAUGUUUGUGAAGACGGAGUUCCCAUUUGAUUCGAACGUAAUUGGCGUGGAAAUUGUUCCAUUUCUCUACGUGGUAUUUACCCAAUUUCGUGAUAGCAACAAGGAGCUUUCUAUGCUGUCGCUGAAGAUCCUUUCCAAUGUCGCUCUCAACAGUCCAAUAUACGCAGUUUCUAUAUUUACAUCGGAUUGGCUUCCUAUGCUAGCCGCUAUGGUCACGCGAGGUAAAUCCUUGGAGGAGAGGCUUCUAUCACACAAGAUCUGCCAAAACGCUUUGAGUACACUGGGUGUUGUCGACUACCAACUGCGUUCCGAUAUUUAUGAGCUGUUCCUACCCGACAGGGAACCAGAGGUUGAUCUCAUUAUGAUUCACGGCCUUUGUGGAAGUGUAGCACAUACUUGGCGGCAGAAGGACCAUUCCAGUAACAUUGUCUCUGAUUGCUGGCCGAAGGAUUGGCUCCAUAUUGAUAUUCCCCAGCCCAUGCGUAUACUUGGAUUGGAUUAUCCAUCAUCAUUGAUGCAGUUUACUGGUAUUAUGGAAAGUCUACAGGUUCGUGCAGAUCGUUUCAAAUACCAAUUGGAGGCUGCAGGAAUUGGCCGACGACCAAUCAUCUUUAUUUGCCAUAGUAUGGGUGGUCUUCUUGCAAAGCGAUUGCUGUUAGAUCUCCCUGCUUUGGCGGAGAAAACGGUUGGAAUACUCUUUGUAGCUACACCUCAUCGGGGAUCACCAAUAGCUGCAUGGGGAUAUUCGAUACUUCGUCCAACUCUGGACGUUCUGUUUCUGUUGGAAGAAAAUCCCGUGAAUAAGCAGUUGAAUGAAGAUUUUUCAAAGAUCAGUGAUACAAUUCCUGUGAUCGUUAGUAUGGCGGAAACCAAGGAAUCUGAUCUAAUCGGUACUGCUAAAGGUAUCAUAGUACCGACGCAAUCUGCAGUUUUUGAAAAAGGAGCUGUUUAUCACAUCGAUGAGGUUCAUCACAAUGUUUGCAAGCCUUCGGAACGCAAUAGUCCAGCGUAUGGUGUGGUGCUGAAUUUCCUACGUGAUUCCAUCCAAGAGGCAAAGAAAAGGAAGCAAGGAACAUGA